AUAUUGGAAUUUCACUUUUGUUUUCAGUAAUUGAGUUACAGCGAAUGGAUUAUCUCCUGCCGCUCUCGCUGUUAUUAUUUUGCAUUGGGUCCAAUUGUUAUUGAAACUACAGAGAAACUAUGAAAAACCCCCAGACGUUACUUUAUUUAGUGGCUAAGUUGUUUAAAACGAAAACGAAUCAACGAAAUAGGCGCGAGAGUCGUAAUCAAAACAAUUGUGGAGCGUUUCGUUAUCUUGGCAUUUCUUGCUUUUUCGGGUUACAAAAUACUUUUUGUGAUAAGAUUCUUGAUAUGCGGCACACAAGGGACGCAAUGAUAAUUUAAAUUUUGUUUUGUUUUCAAUAUAACUAAAUGGCCAAAUGAGAAAACGAUAAAGUGUGCAGAGCAGUCGCUGCGACCACGAUAAAGUCAGCUAACAUAGACGAGCGCUUGUCUUAUCGUAUUGGCCAAAUGCUUGACAAUAAAUUAGAUUUUGUGCAAAUUUAAAAAGCGCCAUGCGAUCCACUCCAACGUUGCUUGGCCUGGCCCAAUGAUGGUGCACAAAAAAAGAGAACUCGCACAACUGUGUGAUUUAUAUCACAACAGAAAACGGGACGAAUGGAAGUUCUAGCCAGCAUCAACGAAUAAGAAAGCGCUACCCUACUCCAAAAGGUAAUGGAUACUAAUCACUAUACUAUCGAUGAAUUACAAAUAAUUGUGAAAUAAAUAUAAUACAAAAUGAUAUUGAUGGGUAGCGAAGUGCAUCAGCGAAUCGUUAAGACCGUUCAGCUGUAGCGCAACAUAUCUUGAGGCACUUUUUAGCAGCUAUGCUGAUGUCUUUCGGGCCCCAUAAGCAAAAUACGGCCAAUGCGGUGCUGUUGAGGUCAAUGAUUUCUUAUGCGUCGUUGUCUUUUUGCUGCUGCUUUUCACGCUUUUGGCUUCGGCUUCGGCUUCGACUUUGGCUUUGGCUUUGGCUCACAAAAUACUUUUCGAGCAUAUAUUGAAUAUUAAUUAAACAGCUAUGCCGGCUUAUGUAAACAUUCAUGCUCGCAUGUUACUGACCGAAUGAUACGAAUGAAGAAGUCUCUGGACCACUGACUGCUGUAAUGCCAAUCUAUUAAUUCAUUUCGAUGACAUAAUGUGAUAUACAUAGUUGGAAAUUACGCAUACUAUGAUUCACUAAGUAGAACAGAAAAAUAUUAUCAUUUAGGUAUCUUCUAUACUUACUUACCUCUAUCGGAGGCCACAGAUUGAUAAACAAUAUACAAUUAAGCUAAAAAGAAAUGCAUGUUUUCUCGAUCAAUUGUGAUAUUUUUGGGGAAAAAUGGAGCCCAUAAAUUCAGCGCAAUUGAAACUGAGAGGCAUCAGUUAGACAUUCAACGCGACGUCAAUAAAAUGUAUAAAUUUGCGCUAUUUUCGUGCUUGGUACUUUGUAUGUGCUCAUUGAGGCACGUUCAUGGAGAUGUGUUCGAGGAAUGUUCAAAUUCGCAGGAAGGAAGUUUUGUUGCCAGCUGGGAGAAUUGUCAAUCGUAUGUUUAUUGCGAUGGUGAUGAUUCCAUACUGGGUCAGUGCGAUGAUGGCGAAUACUUUGACUCGGAAUCUGGGGCAUGUGAUCUAUCAACGAAUGUGCGCUGUUUUUUGGAUGAGGUCGACGAACCUCCAAUGCCAGACGAAGAAGAAGAGGAAGAGGCCGGAGAUGACGAUUUACCACUUGAACCAGAGCCAACGCCGCCAACAAUGGAUAAUCCAACCACAGUGGACUAUUUAAACAUUGCACCCGUUGUAAAGCCCAACUGCCCGUUUAGCGAUGAUCCGAGCCAGGUUAUUCUGAUGCCCAACAAUGCAUCAUGCACUGGAUAUUAUCUUUGCUAUCAUGGUCAUGCCAUGGAAAUGCAUUGCACUAAUGACCUGCAUUUCAAUGCCCAGAGUGGCCAGUGUGAUCAUCCCGAAAACGCUCAUUGCGCGCUGGCUGAGCCGACGGCACACAAGUGCUUGCCCCAUAUGACCGAUUUCUUUCCACAUCCGGAUAAGUGCAGUUAUUUCUACUACUGCAUCAAGGGCUUUCUGACGCUGCAACAGUGUCCCUUCUUCUAUGGUUGGGAUAUUGAACGACGAAGCUGUGUGCAUCUGAACGUGGCUAAAUGCUUUGCCACCUCGAGACGUGCACAAUCUAUUCGAAUUGACAUCCUGCCCGUCGUUUUUACCGUCAUCAUUCUCGGUUGCGUCUUCCCCGUUCGCGCCAUUAAUAUCACCGAAUGCGGUAGCAACGAAAAUGGGGAAUACAUGAACAUCACUCGCUCGGAUUGUAACUACACUGUGAUAUUUUGUAAUGGCCAGAACUCACAGUUCUGCGACGCAAUCGAUAUGUGUGAUCCCUCUUACAAUUGCCCUGAAGCCACCGAUAUAAGCGUCAGUACAACAAUUGGAACAACAUUUAGUACAUCGAAUGGAUCAACAUUCAGCACAUCGGUUGGAUCAACAGUCAGCACAACGCCACGAUCGACCACGACAGGAACUCCAGCAGAGGAUAUACAGUGUAGCGAGUUUAUCCAUUGCGAUGGCGAUAAUUCCUAUUACUGUAAUGGAGAAUGCGACGAGCCUGUGAGUUGCUACGAAACCACUCCGGUGGACACAACCACACAACAACUCCUGUCGACCGUCACCAGAGAGGCGAGCACCAAUAAUGUCUAUACAGAGCCCUACACAACUACUACGAAGAUAUCAACAACUACUACGAAGAGAACAACAACCACUUCGCCCAUUGACAGCAACUGCGGAAGCAUGCAUAAUUCUAAAAGAUACUGUGCGUUUUUACUGGUGUUAGUUUGCCUCUUUGGCUCUGAAUCUCUGGCUGAUAUUUUCGAGCAGUGUAAUGAAGAAAACGAUCAACAGUUUAUAGUGUCUAACACGAGUUGCACUCAUUUCAUUCUCUGCAACGGAGAGGACUCCCAUGAAGGCGAAUGCCCAGACGGAGACAGAUUUAAUGCUGAGGAGCAAAUGUGUGAGCUUAUGGAGGAUAUCGAUUGUCGCACUGGCCAGUCCAUUGAUAUUAAUAACAGCAUUAUCAUGGGAAGUGCUACCGCAGCUCCAGAAACAACUACAACUACACUGACUUCAACGCUAGCAGUUGUCCAAACUACAAGCCCAUCUCCUGCGAAUAGUAGCCCCGCCAGCAGCUUAACAAUUUCAUCCAGCAAUCCAGUAUUUACCUCUGUGGCUAGCAUCUGUCCACGCGCAGAUAAUCCCAAUCAAAUCGUGCUCUUGGCUCAUGAACAAUCCUGUUCCGACUACUUUAUUUGCUACGGUGGUCAACCUAUUGCCAUGCACUGUGCGCCGACUUUGCAUUUUAAUGUAAAAACUGGAAAGUGCGACAAAGCUGAGAUAGUUAAAUGUUUGAGAUCGAGCAUUGCCGUUCGGGAUCAGUGUAAGAAGCACACUGUUGAUGUUUACCCACAUCCAGAUAAUUGCAACUAUUUUUACUAUUGCCGCAAUGGUUACCUUUUGCUUCAGCAGUGCCCAUUCUUCUAUGGCUGGGAUUAUGAUAAGCGUUCUUGUGUAGCGAUUCGUCAGGCCAAAUGUUAUGGUCGUACUCGUAUUUGAUUAACUACAACUGUAAAUGUCAUUUAAAUAAAUUUGUUUCUUUUUUCCACUAAUUUGUUGUCAACUUCUAAUGAAAGAUUGCAAACUAACAUAUUUAUGUGGCAGUUGAGGUCAUUAGCAUGGCACAAAGAUAAAAGAUCAUUUCGAAAGGAAUAGUAUAGCA